AAUCAUUGUACCCUUCCUCCCUAACUCCUUAUCUUCCUAUCCCAUACAAUUUGUCUUCAUUGCAUUUAUUGUUUUUUGUAUAUGUGAGACAAAGUAGCAAACAUAAGAAGCCAUGUCUGCUCAUUCUGUUUACCAGCAGAAUUUCACAAACUCUCUUGCCAGCAGAAUUUCACAGCCUCAGUGACUGCGCACAGCCCUCCAGAAUACCCUGAAGAUAUGCAGGAUAGAGCACAAGUUCCCAUGUCUCUUGCCUGAAUCACUGCAUUUUUAGAAAAGAUAAAUCCAAUGAUGCUCGACCUUGCCUCUUCCUGUACAUUUCUGACAGGAUUAAUGACUAUGCCUGCAUAAUCUAUAAACAUGUGUACUCUUCCACCUAAACCUUCAUGAGAUUUUGCUCUAGUGUAACUCCUGAGUACAUUUUUUUCUUUUUUAUUAGAGACAAGGUCUUGCUCUGUCACCAGGCUAGAGUGCAGAGGCACAAUCAUAGCUCACUGUAACCUCAAACGCAGGAGUUCCAGCAAUCCUUUUACCUCUGCCUCUCCUGUAGCUAGGACUACAGGGAUGUUCUACCACGCCUUGCUUUUUUAUGUGUGUCUGGAGACAGAGUCUUGAUAUGUUACACAGGCUGGUUGUAAAUGCCUGGCCUCAAGCAAUCCUUCUGUCUCAGCCUCCUUAAUCACUGGGAUUAGCCCAGCCUUUGUGAGCACAUUUGAUUUAACUUCCAAGCACAUGCAGAGCGGCCACCACCUGUAUAGAAGCUGCGGGCUGAAACGCUGCUUUGGAGCAGUCUAAAAAAACCUCUCUGACUCUCCCAGGUGGCAGUCCUCAGUAAGAUUUCUGAAGAAAGCUAAUCUGAAUUAUUUAAAAGCCUGAUUUACUUUAGUUUACAUAUUUUACAGUUCCUUCCCAUUAGAAUGCAAGCUCCCCCAAGGCAAGGCUUUAAAUUUUUGUUGUCGUUGUUUAGACAGGGUCUCACUGUGUCAACCAGGCUGGAGUGCAGUGUUGCAAUCACGGCUCACUGCAGCCUCGACCUCCUGGACUCAAGCGUUCCUCCUGCCUCAGCCUCCUGAGUAGCUGGGACCACAUGCACGAAUCACCAAGCCUGGCUAAUUUUAAAAAAGAAUUUUGUACAGACGGGGGUCUCACCAUGUUGCCCAGGCUGGUACCAAAUUCCCGGGCUCAAGCAAUCCUCCCGCUUCAGCCUCCCAAAGUACUAGGAUUAUAGGUGUGAGCUAUCACGCCCAGCCUAAGACAAGUUUUGUUUUGUUCAUGGUUGUAUUCCUUGCAUUUGGAACUCAGAAGAGGCCUCGAAAACCUUGAAGAUACAGUAACUAUCAACACAUCUCCCUGCUUCACGUCUUUCCCCGCUCAUUCACAUGUAUGAACUAGGAUCUCAUACCCCAUGGUGUCAGUAUAGUGCAUCUUACUAAUUUCAGCUGCUUUUUAGCUUUCAUUUAUGUUUGUAUUUCUGUCACAUUUUACAUUGCUAACCAAAGACCAUUGCUAGCGGGAAAAACUGGGAAAGGAGACUUGAAGGCAGCAGACGCUGCAGCUGCUCGAUAAAAAUUGGCCGAAUUUAACAGGAGGCUGGAGGAGCUAAAAAAUGUUUUCGCACAGAAGAGUUAGCACAUCCAGACUGGUCUUUUUAGCACUUUCUUAGGCCUUGAGGAUGAAACCCCACCACUGUCGGGCCGACUGUAGAGUAGAGAAGAGCCAAUUAGUAUUUGCGGCGCUCGGGAGCAGCGUCCAUCCGGCUGGUGUAGGAAAAUACUUCCGGUGUUCUGUUUUUUUAUGUGCUGAGUCACAGCCGAAGGCUCGCCCCGGGUCUGAGGAGUAGGGUACCCAAACUAUGACACGAAUGGGAAAAUUUAAAACUUUGGAAUUAAUUCUCUGCACUCGUUUCUCAGUUUUCUCAUUAGGGGAAUAUUUUUCUUUGACACGCGGAGCACUACUCAGUGGUUGUCACAAAAUACUACCCGCGUACGUCAUAAACGCGCCGGGUGCCCUUCUCCCGUCGUCCUCCGCGCCACUCUCUCCGCCUCUUCUCCCUCGCCCCGCCCACUUUGGGUUUCGAAAUGUUCGCUCGCUGUUCCGAGAAUCAGUCCGGGUCACGUUGGUUCUUCUCCUUUCCUGUUCUGAUUGGUUGCUUACGUGAGCGUGACUACUUUCUUGCCUCAUGAUUGGCUGAAAUCAGUAGCGUCAUCGGAGGCCGGGAGGGCGGAGGGACGAGGGAAGUCGGCGAGAGGGAGACUGGGUUGGGGGAGGGGUUCAGGCCUGUUCCCCGCGGCUGCGGCAGCACCAGCGCCGGCCGCCACCGCCUCUAGAACGCGGAGGAGGUGGGUCCUGGGAAGCGGGAUGUCCAUCGCUCCAGCUUGGUGGUGAAUGCUGAGGAGAGUCACUGUUGCUGCAGUCUGUGCCACCCGGAGGAAGUUGUGUGAGGCCGGGCGGGAGCUCGCGGCGCUCUGGGGAAUCGAAACGCGGGGUCGGUGCGAAGACUCUGCUGCUGCCAGACCCUUUCCUAUUCUGGCCAUGCCUGGAAGGAACAAGGCGAAGUCUACCUGCAGCUGCCCUGACCUGCAGCCCAAUGGACAGGAUCUGGGCGAGAACAGCCGGGUUGCCCGUCUAGGAGCGGAUGAAUCUGAGGAAGAGGGACGGAGGGGGUCUCUCAGUAAUGCCGGGGACCCUGAGAUCGUCAAGUCUCCCAGCGACCCCAAGCAAUACCGAUACAUCAAAUUACAGAAUGGCUUGCAGGCACUUUUGAUUUCAGACCUAAGUAAUAUGGAAGGUAAAACAGGAAAUACAACAGAUGAUGAAGAAGAAGAGGAGGUGGAGGAAGAAGAAGAAGAUGAUGAUGAAGAUUCUGGAGCUGAAAUAGAAGAUGAUGAUGAAGAGGGUUUUGAUGAUGAAGAUGAGUUUGAUGAUGAACAUGAUGAUGAUCUUGAUACUGAGGAUAAUGAAUUGGAAGAAUUAGAAGAGAGGGCAGAAGCUAGAAAAAAAACUACUGAAAAACAGCAAUUGCAGAGCCUGUUUUUGCUGUGGUCAAAGCUGACUGAUAGACUGUGGUUUAAGUCAACUUAUUCAAAAAUGUCUUCAACCCUGCUGGUCGAGACAAGAAAUCUUUAUGGGGUAGUUGGAGCUGAAAGCAGGUCUGCACCUGUUCAGCAUUUGGCAGGAUGGCAAGCGGAGGAGCAGCAGGGUGAAACUGACACAGUUCUGUCUGCAGCGGCUCUUUGUGUUGGAGUUGGGAGUUUCGCUGAUCCAGAUGACCUGCCGGGGCUGGCACACUUUUUGGAGCACAUGGUAUUCAUGGGUAGUUUGAAAUAUCCAGAUGAGAAUGGAUUUGAUGCCUUCCUGAAGAAGCAUGGGGGUAGUGAUAAUGCCUCAACUGAUUGUGAACGCACUGUCUUUCAGUUUGAUGUCCAGAGGAAGUACUUCAAGGAAGCCCUUGACAGAUGGGCCCAGUUCUUCAUCCACCCACUAAUGAUCAGAGAUGCAAUUGACCGUGAAGUUGAAGCUGUUGAUAGUGAAUAUCAACUUGCAAGGCCUUCUGAUGCAAACAGAAAGGAAAUGUUGUUUGGAAGCCUUGCUAGACCUGGACAUCCUAUGGGAAAAUUUUUUUGGGGAAAUGCUGAGACACUCAAGCAUGAGCCAAAAAAGAAUAAUAUUGAUACACAUGCUAGAUUGAGAGAAUUCUGGAUGCGUUACUACUCUUCUCAUUACAUGACUUUAGUGGUUCAAUCCAAAGAAACACUGGAUACUUUGGAAAAGUGGGUGACUGAAAUCUUCUCUCAGAUACCAAACAAUGGGUUACCCAGACCAAACUUUGGCCAUUUAACGGAUCCAUUUGACACACCAGCAUUUAACAAACUUUAUAGAGUUGUUCCAAUCAGAAAAAUUCAUGCUCUGACCAUCACAUGGGCACUUCCUCCUCAACAGCAACAUUACAGGGUGAAGCCACUUCAUUAUAUAUCCUGGCUGGUUGGACAUGAAGGCAAAGGCAGCAUUCUUUCUUUCCUUAGGAAAAAAUGCUGGGCUCUUGCACUGUUUGGUGGAAAUGGUGAGACAGGAUUUGAGCAAAAUUCUACUUAUUCAGUGUUCAGCAUUUCUAUUACAUUGACUGACGAGGGUUAUGAACAUUUUUAUGAGGUUGCUUACACUGUCUUUCAGUAUUUAAAAAUGCUGCAGAAGCUAGGCCCAGAAAAAAGAAUUUUUGAAGAGAUUCGGAAAAUUGAGGAUAAUGAAUUUCAUUACCAAGAACAGACAGAUCCAGUUGAGUAUGUGGAAAACAUGUGUGAGAACAUGCAGCUGUACCCAUUGCAGGACAUUCUCACUGGAGAUCAGCUUCUUUUUGAAUACAAGCCAGAAGUCAUUGGUGAAGCCUUGAAUCAGCUAGUUCCUCAAAAAGCAAAUCUUGUUUUACUGUCUGGUGCUAAUGAGGGAAAAUGUGACCUCAAGGAGAAAUGGUUUGGAACUCAAUAUAGUAUGGAAGAUAUUGAAAACUCUUGGGCUGAACUGUGGAAUAGUAAUUUCGAAUUAAAUCCAGAUCUUCAUCUUCCAGCUGAAAAUAAGUACAUAGCCACGGACUUUACGUUGAAGGCUUUCGAUUGCCCGGAAACAGAAUACCCAGUUAAAAUUGUGAAUACUCCACAAGGUUGCCUGUGGUAUAAGAAAGACAACAAAUUUAAAAUCCCCAAAGCAUAUAUACGUUUCCAUCUAAUUUCACCCUUGAUACAGAAAUCUGCAGCAAAUGUGGUCCUCUUUGAUAUCUUUGUCAAUAUCCUUACGCAUAACCUUGCGGAACCAGCUUAUGAAGCAGAUGUGGCACAGCUGGAGUAUAAACUGGUAGCUGGAGAACAUGGUUUAAUUAUUCGAGUGAAAGGAUUUAACCACAAACUACCUCUACUGUUUCAGCUCAUUAUUGACUACUUAGCUGAGUUCAAUUCCACACCAGCUGUCUUUACAAUGAUAACUGAGCAGUUGAAGAAGACCUACUUUAACAUCCUCAUCAAGCCCGAGACUUUGGCCAAAGAUGUACGGCUUUUAAUCCUGGAAUAUGCCCGUUGGUCUAUGAUUGACAAGUACCAGGCUUUGAUGGACGGCCUUUCCCUUGAGUCUCUGCUGAGCUUCGUCAAAGAAUUCAAAUCCCAGCUCUUUGUGGAAGGCCUGGUACAAGGGAAUGUAACAAGCACAGAAUCUAUGGAUUUCCUGAAAUAUGUUGUUGACAAACUAAACUUCAAGCCUCUGGAGCAGGAGAUGCCUGUGCAGUUCCAGGUGGUAGAGCUGCCCAGUGGCCACCAUCUAUGCAAAGUGAAAGCUCUGAACAAGGGUGAUGCCAACUCUGAAGUCACUGUGUACUACCAGUCAGGUACCAGGAGUCUAAGAGAAUAUACGCUUAUGGAGCUGCUUGUGAUGCACAUGGAAGAACCUUGUUUUGACUUCCUUCGAACCAAGCAGACCCUUGGGUACCAUGUCUACCCUACCUGUAGGAACACAUCCGGGAUUCUAGGAUUUUCUGUCACUGUGGGGACUCAGGCAACCAAAUACAAUUCUGAAGUUGUUGAUAAGAAGAUAGAAGAGUUUCUUUCUAGCUUUGAGGAGAAGAUUGAGAACCUCACUGAAGAGGCAUUCAACACCCAGGUCACAGCUCUCAUCAAGCUGAAGGAGUGUGAGGAUACCCACCUUGGGGAGGAGGUGGAUAGGAACUGGAAUGAAGUGGUGACACAGCAGUACCUCUUUGACCGCCUUGCCCAUGAGAUUGAAGCACUGAAGUCAUUCUCAAAAUCAGACCUGGUCAACUGGUUCAAGGCCCAUAGAGGGCCAGGAAGUAAAAUGCUCAGCGUUCAUGUUGUUGGAUAUGGGAAGUAUGAACUGGAAGAGGAUGGUACCCCUUCUACUGAGGAUUCAAAUUCUUCUUGUGAAGUGAUGCAGCUGACCUACCUGCCAACCUCUCCUCUGCUGGCAGAUUGUAUCAUCCCCAUUACUGAUAUCAGGGCUUUCACAACAACACUCAACCUUCUCCCCUACCAUAAAAUAGUCAAAUAAACUGCAGUCGCGUUGGCCUGAA